CGCCCGCCCGGCGCGGAGGGGCCUGGCAGCGCCUUUGUCCCCGGGGCCUCGGAGCGCCCGCCGGGCAGCUUUAAGAAACUGGCGUAAUUUGCAAAAAGAUGGUUAGGUCUAGAUCAAGAUCACCAAGGUGGAAACAGAGGUCCUUAUUGCCAGCGUUUAGAAGUCCAGAACACCAUAGGCAAAGGCAUGCUCAUAUUAAUUACAACUGUGAAUAUAAGGGCUUUAGGAGGGACCUGAAGAAAUCUAUGCCUUGGAGAGCAGAAGAUGGAAAAUAUGGACAAAGCAAUUCUAGAUUUGCACCUAAUGGGAAUAACCACCACAGGAUUUAUGAACAUAGGUCACCUUCACCAAGUCUAAAAAGAAUUCCUUUAGAAGAUGCAUAUAGUCAUAAACCCUAUAGAACACAUUCAUUAGAAAGGAGCGAAAGCAACAGGAGAUACCAGUUACCACCCAAAUACUCAGAAACACUAUACAAAGAACAUGAUCGACCUUUUUACUCGCACAAAAUGGAAGAAAGAUAUUUGCCUGAGCACUACAGAGUCACUGGAAAUGAAAAAGGAAUGAAGCCCUUUUAUAGACCAUUAGGGGAUUCUUGUAAAUUUGAAAGAAAAUGGUAUGAAGACGACUUGAGGCACCAGAGGCUACAUGAAGACAAGUAUGGUCAGUCACUUAGAAGAGUUUCUGAAGAAUUUACAGCAAGGAGCUCUUUACAGAAGAGGUAUCCUGAGGAUCGGGAUUACAGAGAAUAUGGGCACACGUCUAAAAGGGCUAAAGAAAUGGAGAGGUAUGACGGUGGAGAAAUAAGAAAUCCCAAGUGGAAGGAAGAUCGUUCUUUUCCACUCUACCAAGAAAAGGAGGAACAAAGAACCCUUGGUCCCCAAGUUCAUCGGUCUGCUGAAAGGGAGUACACAGAGAGUUCUGUUAUGAAGACAGCAUAUGAAUAUAGUCACAAACAUCAUAGACAGCCAGAUGGGGAAAAAUCAUUUUCAGAUGAUAGAGCUCAGAAGUAUGUAAAGCAGGAAGACCAAAAAUAUAAUUCUUCUAAGGGUGCUCGGGAUAGCAAAGAGCUAGAUUAUUUUAGUGGUGGAAGAGUGAGACAGACUGAAGAGGGGCAUAUUGAAGUACCCAUUAAAUAUAGCUCAAAGAAAGGCUGCAAUGCAUGUGCUAACUCUUACAAAAGUGAUGUUGAUCUGAGACCCUUUAACAAACAGAAGGAAAGAGUAAGGAAAGAAGGGGAUUUCAGGAAAAAAGUAGAUUCUUCCAAUAGCCAGCGUGAUACACAUCAUACAGUUUCAGAUACGAAAAUGUCAGAGGUCAACUCUAGGAGGGAGCGGCUCACAAUCAAAGUGGAUAUGAAGAAAAUGGUGAACAAACCCAGGGCUGCCUCUAGCCAUACCACAGAGAGGCAGAUGUCACAUGACCUGGUUGCAGUUGGCAGAAAAAAUGAAAAUUUUCAUCCAGUCUUUGAGCACAUGGAAUCUGUGCCACAGAAUGUUGAAAAUAACCCAUCAAGAGAAUUUACUCAGGAAAUAAUUAUGAUAAUCCAUCAAGUUAAAGCAAAUUAUUUCACAUCCUGUGACCUAACAUUGCAUGAACGCUUCUCCAAAAUUCAAGAUAAACCAGUUGCAAAUCUAAAUGAAGUCAAAAUGCAUUCAGAUCCAGAAAUUCACAGGAGAAUUGACAUGUCUUUGGCAGAACUUCAGAAUAAACGAGCCGUGCCAUGUGAAUCUGGACAGACAGUUGUGCGAGUUCUAGAAGAUCCAAAUGAUCUACGUCAUGAUAUAGAAAGAAGGAGAAAAGAAAGGCUGCUGAAUGAAGAUGAGCGAACGUUUUGCAUAAAUGAUGUAAAUAAAAGGAACAACCAGAGCUGCAGCUUUUUGAAAUUACGGAACUCCCAAAUUGAUGGAUUCCAAAAGCCUAUAAGGUUCCUAAAACCACCUUUCAGGAAAUUUAUUAGGAAGCCUCACAUAAAUCCUUAUUAUGCUGCAAAAACAAAUGAUAUCUUUACUCCCAGACGAAUUAGAGGACACCUUGAAAAUCCUGGACCCAUCAGAAAACCAUUUAAGACUAACUUUACAGAUGGUCGGUUGCAACCCCAUUAUAAAUCAGGCUUAGUACAGAAGGGUUUAUAUAUUCAAGCUAAGUACCAGCGGCUGCGUUCUGCUGGUGUAAGGGGAUUUACCACUAACAAAUUCAGAGAAGGAUUUUUGAGAAAAGAAAAGGGACCGUCAAACAUUGUCAGAGAAACCUGAACUUUGAUGCUGACGUUGAGACAUAACGAUAAUAACUCACAAGGGAACAUCUGUUUGUUUUUGACAACUUUGCCAGGAAUUAAAAUAGGAUAAAUGGAACUAACAGUGUAGCUUUCUCAGAAAUAUUGACCUUAUUUUUUAGUAGUGGAAUGCUGCAGAACUUUUUUACAGUUUUAAUAAUUGCUUUUAAAUUUCAGUACAGUAUUCAGUUGAAAAGUUGUAGUAUGGUACUUACAGUUCCUUUUUGCAAGCAAGUUUUUCGGAACAGAAAUCACUGAAGGGAGUCAUAUUUAUUGAAUACUUUUCUCUAAGCAUGAUUUUAUGAAUAGAAAUUGAGUUGUUAUACCCAGAGGUUUAUAUGUUGAAAAGUUUAUUGCUUGUGUAAUAAAAAAAAAAAAAAAAAAAAAAAAAAAAAAAAAAAAAAAAAAAAAAAAAGGAAAGAAAGAAAAGAAAAAAAAAGUGCCUGAAUUGUUCAGUGAUAGCACAUUAGCUCAGGACUCUCUAAGCAAUGACCUUUUAGGUUGUGCAAUAGACCUUACCUCUCUUUUCAGUCAUUUCCCUAGGAAAAUAUUUUGUAUUACUUUUGCUUGCUUUUUUUUUUUCAGUUGGGUGUUUGACUUACAAAUGCACAUACGUUUGUAAAUAAAUUGUUAGAAAUUUGUGACAAUUUCCAGCAUUUAAUCAAAAUGUGUGGUAAUGGGUAGGUGUGUAACGUACUGCAUAGCAGUAGUUUAUAAAUGCACUGAAAGCAUGCUUGGGACUGUUAGAGGAUUAGUUGGCCUGUAUUCAGAAAUACCCUGGUUCACCAUAUUUUUGUGAGAGAGAUUCUUAAUUGAGCAGCACGUUUUCUAAAAUUUUGCCACAAAUAGGCUUGGAAGGUAUGUGUUUAAAAAAAAAAAGUCUUUAAAAAGCAUGUCUUCUGACAAAGCUGUCUGAAGCAAUUUCACCAAUUAACACAGAAAGCCUGUAACUUUAAAAAAAUUAAAAUCCCAGUCACUCCUCAAAGUUUGUCCCACCACAGUGUUACGUUACAUGCAAAAAUCAAGUAGGCCGACAGAUGCUCAGCCCAAUACGGUAUUUUCUGUUUAUAGUUAGAGCCUUAAUAUAUAUUAAUAAGUUUGUAUGUGUUUAAUAUUUUUUAUUCCAAGCACAUUAAAGACAAAUAUCUAGUAGCUUCCAGGGAAGACUUUCUAAUUUGUUAUAAAAAAGUUGUCAUUUGAAUCAUUUUGUAUGUUUAAAAGUUUUCUCCAAGGUUAUAGUAGCCAUAAAAAGUGCAACAAAUAAUCUGUUUAUGGAUUGUAUUAAGGUAUUUGGCAUGCUUAACACGUGAAAUGUCAGAAGGAAAAUUCACUCUUCUUUUAGUAAAAUUACACUAUGGACUACACACAUUACAUUUUUUUUAAUUAUUAUGGUUUAUUGAAGCUCCUUAGGUAUGCUUGAGAGCACUGUACAAUGUUAAUACAGUAUGAUGAAAUCUAACUAAAAGCAGUCCACAUAUAACUUCAGUCUUUACGAAGAAGGAAAACUGAGGGGGGAAGAGGCAGGGAAUCAUGGUUAUAACUGAUUUAAUACUAAGUAUAGAUAAAAUUUUCAAUUUUGCCUUUCCAAAAAGCAGUGUUUAGUUUAGGUAACAUGCACCCCUGCCUCCUUUGUUCAGUAGCUUAUACUAAGUUUUUAACAGGUUGUGGUCCGUAUAAAUCAAGCAGAAAGCUGAAGCAGAAGAAAUAUUUUUUCUUUUCAGAACUAUGUAAUAACAUAGUUAUUUAGUAUUAACAUAUAGCCUAUUUAGUGUUAUGCUACAUAAAGUGAAUCUGUUCAAAUCUAGGCCUACUUUGCUUAAAUUCUGACUAGCUAGUCGCACCAAAUGAAUAGAGUGUAGAAAAGCUGAAUGUAGAAAAGCACUUUUAAAUAAAUGUAGAAAAUAAAUUGUUCAAGGGGCACUGCCUUAUCUGGCAGAAUAGUACUAUUUCUGUAAUAUUUUUAUUUUGCAAAAAAUCUUGGCAAAGAAUUGUUUUGAGCAAGUGAAAAAGUGUGGUUACAUGUGGAAACAUCUAUAUCAUGACUGUUUUGUUGCUGUUGUAUGAGAGUGUAUGCAUUUUGGUUUAUCCAGUUCAUACAAUUUACACACAAAUCCAGCUUUAGAAAUAUGAAUGACUUUUCUCCAGUUG